UCUGUCACAUAUUUUACGAAUUGACGGAUUGUGUAUAAUUUUUCCUCAACUUUAUACCUUUUUGUCGAUUUAUAAUGGUUUAUAUUGAAAUAGACAAAAGGCUGAGUAAGGUGAAGAGGAACAUCUGCAGUAAGGUACAUCCGAAAGAUGAGAAAGAGCUAAAACGCCUCAUUCGGCAGAGAAAGAAAUACGUAGCCAAAGAAAUGGUAAGAGACAUCAGAAAUAUCAGAGAAUACGAAACAGACAAACUGCACAAAGUGCAAGACAGGUUGAUUCUAAAGAGGGCAGAAGCCGAUGGCUUACGUACUAGUUUAGUGGAUCAGUGGGGUUCUUUAAGGAGGGACGAAGAGGAUUUUCGAUGCGCCUUCAUACAGUUCCACGAGUACGCAGUGCACAACAGAGAGAAGAUAGAAAGGGAACAAAUAAAAAUAACAGCCCUGGAACAAGAAAUAGAAGCGAAAGACAUAGUUAUUAAGGAAAUCAAAGAAAAUAUAGAUUAUUUACAAAACGCUCGCACUCGAAUGAAGCAAGAAAUGGAUAAACACAUAAUUUACGAGAAUUUCAUGAUGCAAUGCGCCGAAUGUACUAAGGACAAGAAUGUAAGCGAUAUACUGGUCAGAUACGCCCUUUUGUUGGAUUCGAGGGAUCAAAUGGAACAUGUUGCUAAAAAAAGACAUGGCUCUAUGACCGAGUACUCGAAAGUUUACGCCACGAUAAUCGAAAAAUGGAGGACCACCUUGUUGAAGUUCAACGAGAAACUGACAGAGCAAUCGAAAAAGUACGAGGAGUCGAAACGCCAAGUCACCUUCUGGGAGAGGACCAUCCUCGACAUAGAGCUGAACGCCCAGAGGCUCUGGAUGGAGAUGGAAGUGACACGAGACGCCCUGGACCACGUGGUGUGCCUCCUACUGAUACGCCUCAAGACCAUAAUGGCCCCAGAGUUCUUCACCAAAGAUACCACGCUAGUCCACAUACUCAGCACCACGGAGGGCAAGAUCCUCUACAUGAACAAGAUGCUGGGGGACCUGUUGAAGGUCAAGGAGGAGUUCAUGGAGAUCUACGAGAUGGAGACGCGUGCUCGUAGGGUCCACGUGGCCAAAGAACCUCUACCUCCUCUUAUACUCAACCUACCGCAGCCGUCCAAGGAGGAGAUAGAGCCGAAGACGCAGAAAAAAGUGUCCGCCAUGAAGUUCCCCAAGGUCAGUCAUGGCACGGCCGAGAUUUUGCAGAAUCUGGAGAUGAAGAUGAAGCUGGGUCCCGUGAUCGACAGGUUCAAGCUCAGGGGGAAACAACCCCCUCCCACCAAGCACGACGAAACGUCCCUGAAGAGCACCGAAACCACCUCCACAGCGGGAACUGAAGAAUAUAGGGACCCCAGGGCUAGGGCCAUGACCUCCUGGUUCAUCACCAAGGAAGCGAUAAAGCAGCUCGCGCAGGAACAGACAAUAGUGCCUGACACUUUUGACUCCACCCUGAUGUCUAAGGCGACCCAAAGUCGAUCAGUACCUUGGGCAAGAAGAUCGGGCUACCCUCAAGUAACCUAUUCUUGUGUAGAGAUAACGACUGAUCCUUCUUGUAAUUUGGUAGAUGAGAAGAGGACGAGAAUGCGUGAUAGAAUUAUCGAAAGAAACUUUGAUAGAUUGGAAAAAUUCACUUCCAAUAAAAUGGACACCGACAGUUCAGUUAUGAAAAUUAACAAAGAAACAGGAAAACUGGUAUUGCCAAAAUUGAAAUUCAAGCGGAAAUAUCAUGGUGAAAGAAAAUCAUUGGGGAUUUUACUACCGAAAAUCGAACCAGGGCAUCAGCGGAAGUUAAAGAAAAAAAAGGAGGAAGACUCGAUGAAAUCAGGGCAUUCUUCUAAAUCUGGCAAAAGUAAGAAAGAAGGAAAAAUAGCUUUGGAAGGUGUAAAGAAAUUAAUGGAAAAACCAACUAUCGCAGGUUACUUCACCUACGGCAAUCUUGCUUAAAAGUUUUUUAUCUUAUUUUUUUUAAGUAUGUUUAAGUUUUCUGUUAAGUGUUUACUAUGGAUCUACCCUACCUAUAUGUUACUAUACCUAAAAUGUACUACUUUUUAAUUUAUAUACCUAUUAAAAAUAAUGUCGAUUAAGCA